AGUUCGGGUUGAGAUUGAGUCCCUUUUUGAUGGUAUCGACUUCUCAGAGCCAUUAACAAGGGCUAGGUUCGAAGAGCUGAAUAUGGACUUGUUUAAGAAGACAAUGGGGCCUGUGAAGAAGGCUUUGGAGGAUGCUGGCCUGAAAAAGACCGAUAUCAAUGAAAUUGUGCUUGUUGGAGGGAGUACUCGCAUUCCCAAGAUCCAACAGAUGUUGAAGGAAAUGUUUGAUGGAAAAGAGCCAUGUAAGGGAGUCAACCCAGAUGAGGCUGUAGCCUAUGGGGCUGCAGUCCAGGGAGGAAUUCUGAGCGGUGAAGGAGGGGAAGAAACUGGAGGCAUACUUCUGCUAGAUGUUGCUCCCCUCAGUCUGGGAAUCGAAACAGUUGGUGGGGUGAUGACAAAACUGAUUCCCAGGAACACCGUUAUCCCCACCAAGAAAUCUCAGAUUUUCACUACCUACCAGGAUCAGCAACCCACAGUAUCAAUCAAGGUCUAUGAAGGUGAAAGAAGCUUGACAAAAGACUGUCGUGAGCUGGGGAGGUUUGAGCUCUCUGGAAUUCCACCUGCUCCAAGGGGAGUGCCCCAGAUCGAGGUCACCUUCGAGGUGGACGCCAAUGGCAUACUACACGUCCGGGCGGAGGACAAGGCGGCCAAGAAGUCACAGUCCAUUACCAUCACCAACGACAAGGGGCGGCUUAGCCAGGAAGAGAUUGACAGGAUGGUAAAGGAGGCAGAGGAGUUUGCAGAAGAGGAUAGGCAGGUGAAGGAGAGGAUUGACGCCAGAAACAAACUGGAAACAUACUUAUACAGCAUGAGGGCCACCAUCAACGACAGAGACAAGCUUGCAGACAAGAUUGAUUCAGAGGACAAGGAGAAGAUUGAGGCCGCAUUGAAGGAGGCGCUGGACUGGCUGGACGAUAACCAAAACGCAGACAAAGAUGAAUAUAAUGAGAAAUUGAGAGGAGUUGAGGCAGUAUGUAAUCCAGUUAUAAAGCAGGUUUAUGAGAAGAGUGGUGGGGCUUCUUCCAGUUCUGAUGGUGAAGAAGAACCCACUGAUGAGUUGUAGACAAUAGGGCAGUUUGAUUUGUUCCUUCUUUUUUUUUUUUUUUAAUCUUUUGAGGGCUCACUUUUUCCUUUUUCAUGUCAAUAAAUAGAAAAUUUAUCAUCUUCUAUGCAUUUUCGUGCCGGCUUUAA